CUAUGUUGUCAUACGUCGAGAGGCUGGAAUCAGGAAGUGGACUUGUAAUGUACUAUUUUGAUUGAGCUCGUCUGUCUUCAACUAUCUAGUUUACAAGUUUAAAAUGGGGCUUUUUGGAAAAACACAAGAGAAACCACCGAAGGACCUCAUCAAUGAAUGGUCUCUCAAAAUCAGGAAAGAAAUGAGGGUUAUUGACAGACAGAUUAGAGAUAUACAAAGAGAGGAGGAGAAGGUGAAGAGAUCGAUCAAAGAUGCUGCAAAGAAGGGACAGAAAGAUGUCUGCAUCAUCCUCGCCAAAGAAAUGAUUCACUCAAAGAAGGCUAUUAACAAGCUGUACGCCUCUAAAGCCCAAAUGAAUUCUGUGCUGCUCAGUAUGAAGAAUCAGUUGUCUGUAUUAAGAGUGGCUGGUGCCAUGCAGAAGAGCACUGAGGUCAUGAAGGCCAUGCACAGCCUGGUUAAAAUCCCAGAGAUUCAAGCCACCAUGAGAGAACUUUCAAAAGAGAUGAUGAAGGCUGGAAUCAUAGAGGAGAUGCUGGAGGAUACGCUGGAAGGGAUGGAUGAUGAGGAGGAAAUGGAGGAAGCAGCAGAGGCUGAGGUUGACAAGAUCCUCUUUGAGAUUACAGCUGGUGCCCUCGGAAAAGCUCCCAGCAAAGUCACAGAUGCCCUGCCUGAUCCAGUGCCGGUUGGAGCCACGGCAGCCUCAGAUGAGGAAGAAGAAGAAGAAGAUAUCGAGGAGAUGCAGUCCAGGCUAGCAGCGCUGAGGAGCUAAAACAUCUGUGUUUUUUUUUUUUUACCCUUGAGCUCUAUAGGCAUAGACAGCAUAUCUUACAUCAUCUGUAGCUUUUCUUACCCAUGAAGACACUUUGGAGCAUUUAGCACUAAAUUCAGAAUUCACAUAAAAUAAGCAGAAGUGUAUAUUGAAAUAAAAUGAACUCUGAAAUCUGACAUUUAGUUGUUAUAUUCAUACGGUUGCAGGUGGAUGGCUAUUUCAAAUCAUUCACUUU